CAAGUUCCGUGACAAUAGACGAGGCCACAACUCCCGACACUAUAGGAGAACUCAACUCAACUCAACUUCAACUCAAAUAAACACAAGCCAAACAAUUAACAAUUUGCUCAAAGGAUUUCCAAUUAAUGAGAAAACAACUAUUCUGUGAUUUGUGAAUUGUGAUCUGUGUGAGUGUGUGUGUGUACGGGGUGUGCGUGAGUGUGUGUGUGUGCCACACUUCAAUUUAUCCUUCAAACAGACUUUAGACUCUGUCCUUGUUUAUUUAAAAAGUGACUAAGCAUGGAGCUGCAAUUGGCUCUGGUGGCGAUCCUCUGUACGCUGUCGCAGGCAGCGAGACUGGAUAACAAAUAUCUGCCCCCGCCAGCGAAUGCAGCAAGUGCGGGUGGCGGAGUUGGAGGAGGACUACAAGGUCCAGGAGGCGGUGGUGGUGGUGGUGGCGCGUUUGGAGGCGGCAACAAUGGCCUGGGCGGCAUCAAUAAUGGACUGGGUGGCUUCUCGGGUGGAGGUGGACCAAGCAGACCCAGUGCACCCUCGGCCCCACGUCCAACUUCCGGGCCAUCCGCACCAGCAGCACCACCUGGACCGCAAAUCCCAAUCUUGUCCUUUGUCAAUGAGAACGAUGGCGAUGGCAAUUAUCGGUUCAGUUACGAGACGGGCAACGGCAUCAAGGCCCAGGAGGAGGGCACGGUGAAGAACAAGGGAUCCGAGAACGAGAUUCCAUCGGUAAUGGGAUCGUACACGUACACCAAUCCUGAGGGUGAACUCGUCGAGAUCUCCUACACCGCCGAUGAAAAUGGGUUCGUGCCUUCCGGUGCUGCUCUUCCCACUCCACCACCCAUCCCGGAAGCCAUCGCCAAGUCCCUGGCCGCCCAAGGCAUUUCUGUCCUUCCGGGAGGUGGGUACAGUGGUGGCCCUGGUGCUCCUGGUGGUCCAGGUGGUGCUGGAGCUGGUGCCGGCGGAUAUGGAGGUGGUGGGGGCGCCGCUGGUGCUCCUGGAAGUGGUGGAUUCGGUGGUGGCGCAGGAGGUGCCGGAGGCUAUGGAGGUGGUGCUGGUAGAGGAGGUGCUGCAGGAGGAGGCGGUGCUCCAGGCGGAGGUGGUGCUGGAGGAUUCGGUGGAGGUGCAGGUGGUGGAGGAGGUUAUGGAGGUGGUGCUGGUAGAGGAGGUGCUCCAGGAGGCGGCGGUGCUCCAGGUGGAGGUGGUGCUGGAGGUUACGGUGGUGGAGCAGGUGGCGCUGGAGGAUUUGGAGGUGGUGCCGGUCGCGGAGGAGGCGCUGGAGCAGGUGGCGGUGCAGGUGGCGCUGGAGGAUUCGGUGGAGGUGCUGGUAGAGGAGGUGCCCCAGGAGGAGGUGGUGCUGGAGGAUUUGGCGGUGGUGCCGGUCGCGGAGGAGGCGCGGGAGCAGGUGGCGGUGCGGGUGGCGCUGGAGGAUUCGGUGGUGGUGCUGGCCGGGGCGGCGCCCCAGGCGGAGGUGCUGGCGGUCCUGGCUCACAAUACAUUCCUCCACCAGCUGGGGGAGGACGUGGUAACGGCGAAUUUGAUCCACAGUCGGGCUAUAUCUACUAGAUACUUUAAGUUGGAUAGAUAACAUCUCAAUAGAACACACUCUGCCGGAAAAUACUCUUAGAUCAAGUAGAACUUAAGAGAUCCCAGAUAUUCGAUGUAAUACCUUAAAUACUUUUUAAGCUACCCAGAUCCCAGAUAUUCGAUGUAAUACUUUAAAUACUUUUUAAGCUUCCCAGACGUUAAGUGAAAAUUUGUGGGCUGUUCUCAAAAUUAUGAUCUACUCGUAUGUAUAAGAAGAAGGUAAAGAAAAAGAUUUCAGGUUUUCGAAUUAACAAUAAAUGUUUCUAGUGGCAUCUAAAAAUG